UUUCGUUCCAGCUACAACUUCCCUGCCGAUCGUUAUCCCCCCUUAGAGGAGGUCUACAAAAAUGUCUCCUUGGUCUUGACCAAUCAUCAUUUCAGCCAGGGUCCCAUACGCCCCAAUGUCCCAGCCCUCAUUGAAAUCGGUGGUAUACAAAUCAAGGAGAAACCCGACCCUCUACCUAAGGAAAUUUCCGAUAUUAUGGAUUCCGCUGAAAAUGGUGUCAUCUACUUCAGUUUGGGUACAAAUGUCCAAGGAUCGAAUUUAUCACCCGACAAGGCUAAAAUGAUUUUCAAUGUCCUCUCCAAAUUGCCCUACACUGUGCUGAUGAAAUGGGGCGAUAAAGACUUCCCAGGCCAAGCAAAAAAUAUCAUUUACAAAUCAUGGUUGCCACAAGAUGACAUCCUCGCUCAUCCCAAGGUGAAAUUGUUCAUCACCCAUGGUGGUCAGGGUAGUGUGGUCGAAUCACAAUAUCAUGGUGUACCCAUGGUGGGUAUUCCCUUCUUCGGCGAUCAACAUUCAAAUAUGGCCAAUGUACGCAGUUCGGGUUUCGGUUUAAGUUUGCAAUAUGCCUCGUUGACCGAGGAGGAUCUCAGAUCUACGGUUUUGGAAGUUUUGAACAACCCCAAAUAUCGUGAAAAUGUUCAGAAAUUCUCACAAUUAUAUCGUGAUAGGCCAAUGACUCCCCGGCAAUUGGUACGCUAUUGGGUCGAUUAUGUUAUAAGGCAUAAUGGUGCGAAACAUAUGCAAUCGCCUGCAGUGCAUAUGACCUGGUGGCAAUUGCAGUCUUUGGAUGUUAUUGGCUUUCUGUUGGCUAUUGUCUUCGGCGUGGUGGGUGUAUUUGUGGCCCUUUGUAAAUUCUUGUGCUGCAAGGGAAAGAAGAAGAAGGCCGUUAAUUUGAAGAAGAAAAAUAAGUAGAUAAUAUUUU